UCGCGCCUGUCUCACUAACUGAACUAAACUCAAAUUUAAAAGCAGUCGUUUCAUUAACCGUCGCUCAUAAAAAUAUUAUCUUGUUGUUGUUUCAAUUUAAUGUUAUUCGUUUUCUAUAAUUUGCACAAAUUUAAUGAAUUGAUAUUACGAUUCCUGCAAGGAACUAAAAAGUAUGAAUAAUAUGUGACAAAAAACAUCCAAAAGCCUUUUUGGUUUGAUAAAAAUAAUUGACAGUUCCCUGAUCAUCGCGAGAAGAAGAUAUGAAAAGGCUAAUAAAUUGCUAACGAAGCUGAAUAAAAACGGACAUUUAAACUGUCCAUAAUUUAUUUUUAGUACUUAAUAAUAAAAAAACAACAAUGGUGGAAAGUGAAAAAGUAACAAUAGAUACAGUCCAAGUGGCUCUUCGUAUUCGACCUUUGAUGCAGCAGGAGAUUGAAAGAGGUUGUGAUGAAUGUAUAGAAGUUGUCCCUGGAGAGCAGCAAGUGCAAAUAAAGGACCUUGCAUUCACAUACAAUUAUGUAUUUGCUCAGCACAUAACUCAGCAAGAAUUUUAUGACACAUCAGUGAAAGGUCUUAUAGGAAAACUCUUUCAAGGUUACAAUGUAACAAUACUUGCCUAUGGCCAGACAGGCUCAGGAAAGACCUAUACAAUGGGUACAAAUUACUCAGGAUCCGAUGGAGACUCCACUAAAUUAGGUGUAAUUCCACAAGCUGUAGCAGACAUAUUUGAUUUCAUAGAGACCCAUGAAGAUAAGUUUGUCUUCAAAGUUACAGUUUCUUUUAUGGAAUUGUAUCAAGAACAGUGCUAUGAUUUACUAUCUGGGAAAGAACGCGGUCACAGUAUCAUAGAAAUCAGGGAAGACAUAAACAAAGGUGUUAUAUUGCCAGGCAUAACAGAGUUGCCAGUUACAUCUACAGCUGAAACUAUGAUGGUUCUGGAGCGAGGGUCCAUUGGCAGAGUAACAGGCUCAACAGCUAUGAACCAGGCAUCAAGUCGGAGUCAUGCAGUGUUUACUAUAGUUAUAACAAAAGAGAGCAGGACUGACAAGAAUUUAGCAACAACUUCAAAAUUCCAUUUAGUUGAUUUAGCUGGUUCUGAACGCAUAAAAAAGACCAAGGCAAGUGGCGAGAGAUUGAAAGAAGGUGUGAAGAUCAACCAAGGUUUACUAGCACUGGGAAAUGUCAUAUCUGCACUUGGCGAUGGCACCAACCGAAGUUUUAUAAGUUAUAGAGAUAGCAAGCUCACAAGAUUAUUACAGGAUAGUCUUGGCGGCAACUCGUUGACUUUGAUGGUCGCUUGCGUAAGUCCAGCGGAUUACAAUUUAGACGAGACGGUCUCUACGCUGCGCUACGCCGACCGCGCGCGUCGCAUUAGAAACAAACCUAUCAUUAAUCAAGAUGCUAAAGCCGCUGAAAUCAUCAGAUUGAACAACUUAGUCAAUGAACUAAGGCUAGAGCUUCUCGGAAAGUUGCCGACAAUAUCUGAACAGAAAAAUGAACAACUACAAGAGCAGUUAGAAAGAGAGAAAGCGAAGUACGCCGAACUACUGAAAAAGCAUAAGCAAGUUACUGAACAUCUCGGUAAUAUGCUCAUUGAAAACACAAAUUUAUGCGAAAAGGCACUUUUGGCGGAGGCCGCAAAGGACAAAAUUGAACGGAAACUGAAUGAGUUGACGGAACAAUGUAACCAAACCAUUGACAAUCUAAACACAAGCGAGAAAGUACAAAAUAACGACUCUCAAAGAACUAGUGUUGUUGAUUACUUAAAGGAGAUUAAGACAAGAUUAGAAGAUCUACAGUCUGUUAAUUUGAAGAAUAAUGAAGAGCUGAUAGACCAUGAAAUUAAGUUGUCCUUUGUCAAAGAAGAGAAUGAUCAAGAUAAAGUUGAUGAAGAAGUGUUGUUGAAUGAGGACCAAGCAGUUUUAGAGGAAGAGAAGAGAGCUAUGGGACAGGUGGCACUAAACCAAGAGCUACAAGAAUUGAACCGAGCUAUGGCUAUCAAAGCGUCGGUGGUACAAGCGAUACUUGCAAACAACAAGGACAUGCUGGACAGUCACAAUAAUCUCAGAGAGAAUGAAGAAAAGAUCGCUCAGCUCGAGAAAGAGAAAGAUGAACUUCUGCAACAGUUAAAACGAACUAAGACAAAAGAUCCAUCACACGAAGAGCGACGUACUAAAGUAUCAGCCCUAGAAUCUGAAAUACAAGACUUGAAGAAGAAAUGUCAGCACCAGGCCAACAUCAUUAAGACAAAAGAGAAGAACGAAGCUAAAAUUGCGGCGCUCAAUGCUGAAUUGCAGGCCAUGAAAGUCACUAAGGUAAAAAUAAUAAAACAAAUGCGCGAGGAGAGCGAGAAAUUCCGUAAAUGGAAGGCUGACAACGAACGUGCACUGCUGCGUCUGCGCAACGAGGACCGAAAGCGCGCCACUGCCAUGGCCAAGAUGGAGUCGCUCCACGCCAAGCAGCAGAACGUGCUCAAGCGCAAGAUGGAGGAGGCUGUUGCCGUCAACAAGAGGCUUAAGGAGGCUCUAGAUAAACAAAAACACACUGCAAUGAAGCGCAAUGCUAAGGGUAACAUGAAAGCAGGCGCACUGCAACAGUAUAUUGAGCAGGAAUUGGAGGUCCAUCUCAGCAUUGUGGAUGCAGAGAAGUCCCUCGAAGAACUCAUGGAGUACAGGGCAUGGAUAACAGAACAGAUCGAGAGUCUUCGCAAUAGUACAGACGACGAGGCGAAUAGAAACAAGAUUGCAGAGCUUGAAAAUGAUCUCGCGCUACGCAAGGCGCAAAUAUCGGACCUGCAACAGAAGAUAUUGACAGCUGACCAGGAAAACAAAUCGCGCACCCAAUGGGACAAUAUCCAGUCUAUGCUCGAAGCAAAAGUAGCCCUCAAAUGCUUAUUUGAGUUACUCGUAGACUCCAAGCGGGAACUUCAGAACCAAAGUGAGAAGGGAUACCAGGCAAGAUAUGAGGAGAUAAAGGAAGCUCAUGACAGAUUAAUGGUUGAAUUUGAAGCCAGCAAAACUGAGUUCGAAAGGCAACUGGCGAUGAUUAAGUUGCAGAACGAGCAGAAGCUAUCAGCUUUAGUGGCUGCACAACGCGGCGUGGUCGGUAGAGGGGACAAGAACGAAGCGUGCAAGCAUCUGCAAAAUGUCAUCCAAUACCAACAGGACAAACUGGAACAAAUAGAGGAAGAAAAUAAAAAGCUAGUAGAUGAGUUAGAACAACUUCGUGCAGCCGGGAAAAAGCCCAAGAAAGGAACGAAGAAGGAGACGACUGUACAGGCGUUGAAGAAAGUGGAGUACGUAGAAAUGACUGAUGAAGACGAGGACGAGUUUGAAGAUGAAGAGAAAGAUCCGGACUGGAGGGCCACGCCGCUCUUCAAGCGGAUACAGGCACAACGCUCACGGCUGACGAUGAACUUCACGAACAGUGAGCUCGAUAGUGGCGGUUCACGCGCGUCCAAACGCGGCAGCGACGGCUGCCCCCAUUGCACCUGCCGCGGCAGUUGCUCCACCAAGAUGUGCGGUUGUGUCAAGUCCGACAAGGGCUGCGGCUCCGCUUGCCGCUGUCAGCGAGAGCUGUGCAAGAAUCGACGGGCGUCUUCCGGCAGUGAGGACAAGGAGAACAAUCCAUCGAGUACAGAACUAUCUCUUGACACUACGCCACCGUCCUACUUCGACAAACGAGGUCAUCUUGACGCUACAUACGUAAAGAAGAAGAAAAGCUAUUUCUUCCCCCAUGAUCAUGGUAAUGGCGGCGCUAAACCUAUAAAGACUGAGUAACCAACCUUCCUGGAGAUGCAGUAUAGUUAUAUUCACACACAUAUGAUCACUUAUUUUUAUUAUAAAUUCGAGUGCCUUUAUUGAGAUGAGUUUUUAUUUUUAUACAAUACGAUCUAAAUUAAGUAUGUGUUGUUUCAAUAGGUAUUUUUACUAACUGGCUUUUGCUCGUGUUGACAGCAUUUAAUUCGGAAAAUAAAGACAAUUAAAUGCAAAUUGUGGAAAUAUAUAAUAUUUUCCGAAAUGCUCUGCCCGUGUCUUUAUUUUUUGCGUUAACUAAAAAAAAUAUUUUAAAUAAACUGACAUUCGAAAAGUAUUGUUUGUAAAUUAGAGGAGUAGAUCUCUGAAUAAAUGUAUUUAUUAUA